CGAGCGCUGCGCUGAAGUUCUCUUCCCUCUCCCCAGGUGCCAGUGUGCGCGGCCGCCAUGUCUCCUGUGCUGAUGCUGCUAGGUGGCGUCCUGCUGGCCAGCCCGGUGCGGGCAAGCGACGGCUCGGCCCCCACUACCAUCACAUGCCUUACAAGGGGAGUUGAUCUCAGAAAGGAGAGAGCAGAUGUCCUCUGUCCAGCAGACUGCCCGCUAUGGCAGUUCUAUGUCUUUGGGAAUGUAGUUUAUGCCUCCCUUUCCAGCAUCUGUGGAGCUGCCAUUCACAGAGGGGUGAUCACCAAUGCGGGAGGAACUGUGAGGGUACAAACCCUGCCAGGAAAAGAGAACUACUCUGCCGUAUAUGCCAAUGGGAUUCAGUCUCAGGUGCUCACUAGAUGGGCUUCAUCUUUCUCGGUGGCUGGGACCAAGAGUGGAGCACUUGAAGCAAUUGGACGACCACUAUCAACAGCACGCCCCUCCACAGGUAAACGACUUAAGAAACUUCUUGAGAAAACGGUUGGGAACAAAGACUGUAAAGCGGAUAUUGCUUUUCUGAUUGAUGGAAGCUACAAUAUUGGCCAGCGUAGAUUUAAUUUGCAGAAGAACUUUGUUGGGAAAGUAGCUGUGAUGCUGAGAAUUGGAACUGAAGGACCACAUGUGGGAGUUGUGCAAGCCAGUGAGCAUCCAAAAACUGAAUUUUAUCUGAAAAACUUUACUGCAGCAAAAGAUGUUUUGUUUGCCAUAAAGGAAAUUGGCUUCAGAGGAGGCAACUCCAAUACGGGAAAAGCCUUGAAACACACAGCUCAGAGAUUCUUCUCUCUGGAAAAUGGAGUACGCAGAGGGAUUCCUAAGAUCGUCGUAGUUUUCAUAGAUGGCUGGCCCUCCGAUGAUAUAGAAGAAGCUGGAAUAGUGGCCAGAGAAUUUGGCAUUAAUGUAUUCAUUGUGUCUGUAGCAAGACCCACAACUGAGGAACAGGGAAUGGUUCAAGAUGUUGGUUUUGUUGACAAGGCCGUCUGCCGAAACAAUGGCUUCUUCUCUUACCAUAUACCCACCUGGUUUGGUACUACCAAAUACGUAAAACCUCUUGUCCAAAAAUUGUGUUCUCAUGAGCAGAUGCUGUGUAGCAAAACUUGCUACAACUCUGUCAAUAUAGCUUUUCUGAUAGAUGGCUCUAGCAGUGUUGGAGACAGCAACUUCCGCCUCGUGCUUGAAUUCAUCAGUAAUGUUGCCAAAGCCUUUGAGAUCUCCGAUAUCGGUUCCAAAAUUGCAGCCGUGCAGUUCACCUAUGAUCAGCGUAUGGAGUUCAGCUUCACCGACUAUACCACAAAGGACAAGGUUCUCUCUGCUGUGCGGGGCAUUCGUUACAUGAGUGGUGGUACCGCUACUGGUGAUGCCAUUUCUUUCACAACCAGAAACCUGUUUGGACCUGUGAGAGAUGGACCCAACAAAAAUUUCCUUGUUGUUUUGACUGAUGGUCAGUCUUAUGAUGAUGUUAGAGGUCCUGCUGCUGCGGCACACAAAGCAGGUAUUACAGUCUUCUCUAUUGGUGUUGCCUGGGCACCACUGGAUGAUCUGAAAGACAUGGCCUCUGAACCAAGAGAGUCGCACAAUUUCUUCACAAGAGAGUUCACAGGACUGGAGCAGAUUGUUCCUGAUGUUGUUAGAGGCAUUUGUAGAGAUUUCUUGAACUCUAAACAGUAAAGGAAAGGCUGUUGGUCACUUUGUGGAAACUUAAUCAAGAAAGCUGGGAAGGUCUCUCUACAGUGCAAAUAUCCCAUUCUUUUAAUACACAGUCAAAGUCUUGGGAUAAGAUACAAAGAAUCGCACUCUGCUUUCUAAAUUCAAAUAAAAGCUUCCAGUGACGACAUUGCAAGUUUUGCUUGAUUAGGGACUGCAGGAUUUUGCCAAAAGCUAUUUUAAAUGUUUAUUAACAGCCCUCAAUUUAUAUUUAAAGUUAAGCAUACAUUACACUUAAGGUACCAGAUAUCAGCUGUAUGUAUAUACAAAAAAUACAAGGUAACUUAGCUCCUACAUUUGUGGGCUGUCAUUUACUGAAUGUCUCCUUACACAUGAAAAUUAAUAUACUUUUAGCUAUCUAACACCUUGUAUUCAAAAUAUACAGUUUAAGUUUCUUGAUUUAUUCCAGAAGGCGCUCUCACUAUUGUGAUGAAAAGACAAGAUUGGGAACACGUAGUUUUCACAGAAAUGUUUUCAGUGUUCCAUUUGUGCAACAGCUACUUCAGCUAUUAUUACAAUGGGUGGUUUGUAAGAGGAUGUGUGUCAGAAUAAAGCAAAAGAGUCUUGUUCUAUUGGAUGAGAGCCUUCUACAGCACAUGACACUCUAAUUUGGCUAGUAGAUCUGUUUUCAAAAGAAUACCUGGCCACUUUCACCAGCUCCCAAGGAGCAAUCCUAUCAAGUGUUUAGGCCUAGAUCCUCAAAAGGUAUUUAGACACCUAAUUCCCAUCAAUUUCAAUGGGAGAUAGAUGCCUAAAUAGCUUUGACCAUCUGGGCCUUGGGCUAAACGGUCUUCCUAUUCCUAUUAAAGUCAAUGACAAAAUUCCCAGUAAAUUCAAUGGGUCUGAUUUUCUCCACUGCCUUGCACAUUGGGUAGUCAUUUACAUGUGGGAGUAAAAUGCUACCAUACUUAUUUCGUAGUGUUUUACAUUGUCUAGUCAUUUACACUUGUAAAAAGUCAAAGUUCCAGGUAGGGCCAUAGAGACUAGAUUAGAGCCUUCAGUUGGAAUUGAGGGCAUGCAGACUGACAUCCAAAAUGAGCUCAGAUCACCAACCUUAACUUGUCUAUAGUGAGUUACUCAAACAGGUGGAGGGGAGGUAAGUAGGAAGAAAGAAAGAUAGAGUAUACCAUAGCCAGCAGGUGGAACAAUUGUUUAUGAAGCCAUUUAAAACAGAUUUAAACCCUCAUAUUGUUUUUAAAAUAUGAAAAACAGCUUUUGAAAAAUCUCUCUUCCAUUUGAUUUUGUCCAUAUUAGCACCCAUAUAUGUAUGUGAUUAAAAUUAAAUACCUUACAAUGAAUUAUUAUAUAUCAAGCAUCUGAAGUGGACAAUACAUUCUGACCCAAAUAUUUUUUUAUAACCUGUUUUAUAAGCUUUUGUUACCAACCACAGCACUUUCCUGUUCAACUAUCAAUCUGGGGUUUCUUUCAUUUUUCUCAUUUUGUGCUGUUGGUUGUAAAAUACUAAGCAGUUACAAAUGGUACAGAAAGGGUCAUAUUUAUCAGGCUUUUUGUAGUGUAUAUUUUUAAUAACUUAUGACUGGCUAUAUAUUACAGUAAACAUGAAUGGCAAGGAUGCCUUGUAUUUUUCUAUUAAUUGUUAUUCUUAAUUUUGUAUAUGUUUAUAGAUAUACAGUAUUCAGGUAUUCCUGUAAAAAUCAUCCAGGUAUUCAAAGUAAAAUAUCAGCAUUGUGCAAACUAUAAACAUUUUAGCUUUCUCUUUUGAUAUGAAAAUACACCUACAGCAAGUAAACUUUUAGACUGAGAUUGCAGCUAGCUAUUUUAAUAUUCAGUAAUGCAAAAACCAUUCCACGCUGAACCCCCAUAAUACAUUCUGAAUACAU